AUGGCCUCCAAGCGCCACGUGUCCCUCCUGAAGCAACUGGAUGGCAGGGGCAAGAAAGCAAAGGAGGGAGAGGAGGAGGAUGCUUGGAGCUCCACCUUGGCAGCCCUGAAAACUGCCCCCAAGGAGAAGCCCCCCGGCACCACUGAUGGGUUGUGCCCCCUGAGGAGCACAGCACCAGGCACCCGCGUGCCAGUCUACGAGGACUAUGACUGCACCCUGAACCAGACAAACAUCAGCGCCAACAACAACAAGUUCUACAUCAUCCAGCUCCUUGAGCAUGAUGGUGCCUACAGUGUCCGGAGCCGCUGGGGUCGGGUGGGGGAGGUGGGCCAGUCCAAGCUCAUGCCCACCGCCUCCCUGGAGGCUGCCAAGAAGGACUUUGAGAAGAAAUUUUGGGAGAAGACCAAAACCAGUUGGGCAGCGAGGGAUAACUUCGUUGCCCAGCUGGGGAAGUACACUCUCAUUGAGGUGCAGCCAGGAGGUGGAGGUUGCCCUCCGGUUGAAUGGCGCGGUGAUGGUGGGGUUCUGCAGGUGGAUGGCCUGGAUGGGAACAAGGUCUGCAAGCAGCGGGUGUCCUGCACCUUGGACAAAGCCACGCAGGACCUGGUGUCCCUCACCUUCAGCAGUGACAUGUUCCGGGAUGCCAUGCAGACCAUGAAUAUCGAUGUGAAGAAGAUGGCGCUGGGGAAUCUGAGCAAGCAGCAGAUCACGAGGGGCUUUGAGGCACUGGAGGAGCUGGAGGCGGCACCGCGGGAGCAGCCACCCCAGGCUGCCUGCCUGAAGGACUUCUCCUCCUGCUUCUACACCACUGUCCCUCAUAACUUUGAGUGGGCACGUCUCAACUCCUCUGACGUGCUGCGUGCCAAGAAGGACAUGCUGUUGGUGCUGGCUGACAUCGAGGUGGCACAGAGCCUGCAGGCGCAGAAGGUGAAGUAGGAGGAAGUCACCCAUCCGCUGGAUCAGGAUUACACCCUGCUCUGCUGCCACCUCUCCCUGCUGGACCCGGCUUCCCAGGAAUACCAGCUAAUCCAAAACUAUGUGGCACAGACUGGGCACAAUCUCCGCAUCCUCAACAUCUGGCAGGUGGCCCAAGAUGGUGAGAGGGAGCUUCAGCCCAGCUGGCCAGGGGCAAACAGGCACCCGCUCCCCUGCCCCUCCAGCCUGGUGGAGGUGGCCCUGGGCAAGCCCUGCUGCAUCACCUGUGAUGACCACACGCUGUGUCAGCCGCCCGCCAGCUACGACAGCGUACUGGCCUGCGGCCGGACAGAGCUGGACCCCACGCUGGAUGAGGAGGGGCUGCUGGAUGGCAAGAAGGUGCUGGUGUGCCAGGGCAAGCCCAUCCCCAUGCCUGCCUACAAGGAGUCCUCCUUCAGCCAGAGCAAGUACCUCAUCUACCAGGAAAGCCAGUGCCGGCUCCGCUACCUUGUCCAGCUCCACUUCUGA